UCGCAUACAACUCGGGAAGAAGUUCACCUCAGAACCUAUUAGGGCAAACUAUGAAAACUUGUUAGGGUCCUCCUGCCCUGAGAUCCACCACUGCUAAGGGACUUCACGGAGUCCAAGGAUCUCACUUUUUUCUUUUUUUUUUCCUUUUCUUUUUUCUUUAUUUUUCCUUUUUUUCUCCCCAUUUUUUAAAUAUGAUUUUUUGCAAGUCAGUUAUUCUGGAUGUUUGAAAACUGAAUUAAGAAAAAUUCACUCAGAAGUUGGCUGAAUGUUGCAAGCUUGCAAGAUGGAAGGAUUUCCCCUUAUUCCCCCUCCCUCUGAUGAUAUGGUACCCUAUGAGUCAGAUCUCUACCGACAGCCCCAUGACUAUUACCAGUAUCUCAACAGUGAUGGAGAGAGUCAUGGUGAUCAUUAUUGGGAAUAUCAUCCACACCACAUGCACAGUGAAUUUGAGACCUUUGGAGACAACCAUUUCACAGAGCUGCAGAGUGUGCAGCCUCCCCAGCUGCAGCAGCUCUACAGGCACAUGGAGAUUGAGCAAAUGCACGUCUUGGAUUCUGCAAUCCCAACCACACACAUCGGACUCAACCAUCAGGUGUCCUAUUUGCCCCGGAUGUACUUCUCUCCACCUCAGCCCAGCUCUGAUGAGGAGGACAUAGAGAGGCAGAGCCCCCCCUUGGAGGUUUCAGAUGGGGAGAAUGAUGGUGUGGACCCUGGGCCUGGAAUUAUGCAUGGAGAAACAGGCAGCAAGAAAAAGAUACGUCUCUAUCAGUUCCUUCUGGACCUUCUUCGCAGUGGGGACAUGAAGGACAGCAUUUGGUGGGUGGACAAAGAGAAAGGCACUUUCCAGUUCUCCUCCAAACACAAAGAAGCAUUGGCACAUCGCUGGGGCAUCCAGAAAGGCAACCGCAAGAAAAUGACCUAUCAGAAGAUGGCACGGGCUUUGAGAAACUAUGGCAAGACAGGGGAAGUCAAGAAAGUUAAGAAGAAGUUGACCUACCAGUUUAGUGGAGAGGUGAUGGGAAGGGGGGCCACUGAUAGGAAGCAUUAUCCUCACUGAGGCCAUGGGACCCUAAGCAAGAAAAAUAUUGAGAGCUCCUGGCUGGAUACCAGCAGAGGAGAUGGACGCAUCUUUCUCUUUGCUUCCUGUGCCCCCUUCUCUGCCUUUAUCAUCAGAUGUUUCUGGUACGAAUUCCCUUCUUCAGCAUCUGAGAAUCCUAAUCAUGACAGAAUUCUUUGCUUCCAUCCUCCAAGUUGGACAGAGUUGGGAAAUUUAAACAAUGUACAAAUAUAUUGUUGUCAGGAAAGAUUUUUUUUUAAUUUUUUUUUUUUUUUUGAUUGUAUUGUAACUAAAGAAUACAGCCAAUGAAGUUUUGCCUCCAGAGGUGGUGCUGUGUCACUCACAGUGACACCGCGUUAGCUUCCAGCUUUUAAACUAGCAUUAAUACAGGCUCUGCCGCAGCUCUCAGAGCUAGAGAGAAGUUUGCAGAUCUUGGAAUGAUACUCGUUCUUUUAAAUAGUAAUAACAUGUACAUAUUUAAUACAAUUAGAUAUAAUGAAGUUUUGAUGUUUGCAUAAUAAAUGAUUAGUUCACAAACAAAUGUUAUGCAUUCAGGUAUGCAGAUACAGCUCUUGUGUGGUGUUUGAACAAAAGGUGCACUGGGUUGUAGGGCCUUAUCCAUCUGUAGCUACUUUUUAAUUUACCUGCAAACAUCAUCAAUGAUGUCAAACUCAGUAACAAAUGUUGACAAAUGUUAAGAGGUGAAAUACAUUACUGUGAAAGAGACUACAGUACUGAAGGAAAUUUAAAAAUACAUAUAUGUACAUAUUUCUCA